AUGCGAAGGGGGUCUGGGAAUUGGGGAGUGGGGGGCAGGACGCCCGGAAUUCCAGGGCAAUGUCCAGGCUUGGGAGUGGGGACCUACAUGCCUCUAACGCCGAAGCAUGAGCAGAGAGUCGAAAGGCAAACUGCCAGGAAAAAAAAUCAAUCCUCUGCCCAAGGUCCAGCAGAAGCGGCCUCAUUUACCUAUAGGAGGCGGGCUUCCUCCUGCGGGGAAUCCCUGGGCUGGGAGGAACAGCAGCCCUUCCUCCUGGCAGCUUCGGAGACUUCAGCAGCCCCCAAAGGGCCCCCGGGAGACAUGGGGGGCCCAGUCCGAGAGCCGGCACUCUCAGUUGCCCUCUGGUUGAGUUGGGGGGCGGCUCUGGGGGCUGUGGCUUGUGCCAUGGUUCUGCUGACCCAACAAACAGAGCUGCAGACCUUAAGGAGAGAGGUGAGCCGGCUGCAGAGGACCGGAGGGCCCUCCGAGAAGGGGGAAGGGUAUCUGUGGCUGAGCCCCCGGGAGCAGAUCCUGGAGGACAGCCAGCACCAAGACUCAGGUUGCUGGGGAAAGAGCUCUGAUGGCGUGGAAGCCCUGGAGAAUGGGGAGAGAUCCCGGAGAAGGAGAGCAGUAAAACAGAAGAAGAAGCGCUCAGUCCUUCAUCUUGUUCCCGUUAACAUCACCUCCAAGGAGGACUCGGAUGUGACAGAGGUGAUGUGGCAACCGGCUCUCUGGCGUGGGAGAGGCCUGGAGGCCCAAGGAUAUGUCAUUCGAGUCUGGGAUGCUGGAAUCUAUCUGCUGUACAGCCAGGUCUUGUUUCAUGAUGUGACUUUCACCAUGGGUCAGGUGGUAUCCCGGGAGGGCCAGGGAAGGCAGGAGACUCUAUUCCGAUGUAUACGAAGCAUGCCCUCCAACCCCGACUGGGCCUACAAUAGCUGUUACAGCGCAGGUGUCUUCCAUUUACACCAGGGGGAUACCCUGAGUGUCAUAAUCCCCCGGGCAAGGGCGAAACUUAGCCUCUCUCCACAUGGAACCUUCCUGGGGCUUGUGAAACUGUGAUUGUGUUGUAAAAGGUGGUUCUGAGCUUGGAAGACCAGGGUGGGUUCAUUUUGGAGACAGCCAAGAGCUGACUAGACAAAAGACAGGGAACAGUCAGGAACAGAGGCCUCUUCUGGGUUUGACUGGAAUCCCAGGUUGGACAGCUCAUGACUCUCCCUUUCUCCCUUCUCCCCCCCACCCCCACCCCCACCCCCAGGACUUUGAAUUCAUGGAUAUUAAAGAGGUAGUAGAAUAUCCUGCUCUUAGUCUCCAUCCAGCCCCAAAUUCUUGAGGGAGUUGGGCGGGGGUGGGAAAUGCCCGGCAUUGUCUAGACUUGCUCUGGGUCCCACUGGAAUGCUUCCAGAACAGCACCACCAUCUAGCGGCAAUCUGAGACAAUGAUCCUGCCUGUUGGCAGAUGGCCACGACUCCUUCCGCCACUCAGGAAAACUCCUGGUUCUUUACCCCACACCUCUCUCUAGGUAUCCUCUGCCUCUCCACUCCACAAGAAGCCUCAUCUUCACUCUCCUCUCUCCAUCUAUUGGGGCCCAGUUUCCAUCACUGACUCCAGAGGUGUAAUUAUUAUGCGCCCGUCUGCAGAAGGUGCCCAACGACGACGGUGCCCUUGCAGCCACAUCAUUACUCUUCGGGUGCCAACUUUUGCCUUUCACGCUCUCCACUGCCCUGGCGCCGGCAGGCCACUCUAAGCCUCUCUGGACUGGGAGGAGAGCCGGGGAGCCUCGGAUAAAUCGUACGCCCUACUCCUGAUCCUGUAUCACUCCUCUGAUCUCUCCUUUCUGCGCAAGCCCUGCCUAAAGUUAAAAAAUAAAAGAGAAUAA